AUGGAUGAUAUUUUCUCUCACAUUUUUGGAGGAGGUUUAUUUGGCUUCAUGGUCAAUCAGAGCAGAAGUCGAAAUGGCAGAAGAGAAGACAUGAUGCAUCCACUCAAGGUAUUUUUAGAAGACCUGUGUAAUGGCAAGACAGCCAAACUGCAACUUAGCAAGAAUGCACUCUGCAGUGCAUGCAGUGGCCAAGGUGAGAAAUCUGGAGCUGUUCAGAAGUGUAGUGCUGGUCGGGGUCGAGGUGUGCACGUCAUGAUCAAACAGCUGGCUCCAGGAAUGGUACAGCAGAUGCAGUCUGUGUGUUCUGACUGUAAUGAAGAAGGAGAGGUAAUUAAUGAAAAGGACCGCUGUAAAAAAUGUGAAGGGAAGAAGGUGAUUAAAGAAGUCAAGAUUCUUGAAGUCCACGUAGACAAAGGCAUGAAACAUGGACAGAGAAUUACAUUUACUGGGGAAGCAGACCAGGUCCCAGGAGUGGACCCAGGAGACGUUGUUCUUUUGCUUCAAGAAAAAGAACAUGAGCUUUCUGAAUUAAAAGAUCUUCUGCCAUCUAGACCAGACGUUCCAAAUAUUAUUGGAGACACAGAGGAGGUAGCACUUCAAGAAUUUGAUAGCAUUCAAGGCUCAGGAGGUGGUCAGAGGCGUGAAGCCUAUAAUGAUAGCUCUGAUGAAGAAAGCAGAAGCCAUCAUGGACCAGGAGAGCAAUGUGCCCAUCAGUAA